UAUUCGUUGAGCAACGAAGGCGGAACAGUAACGCUAUCGUAGCGAGUAUACUAAGAAAAACAGACGUGCACUUUUUAUACAUUUUCUCCUUUCUUAGAAAUGUGAACAUGUAUCUAUUUCACUUUACAAUGAAAGAAAGUACAAUCUAAAGGACGAAUACAUUUUAUAACAGAUGUAACUUGAAGACUGGCAAUUGGAACAUAGCCCGGACGCUCCUAACCAAAAUAUUGAAGAACAGAUGCGACUUAACCUAUUAUAGCCAAAUGUGACAGCUAACUUUCAAUUUAACUUGAUGAUUAUAUACAUACAAUAUUUAUUGCUAAGAAGACCAAAAUUAAUCUUAAACAACAUUGAUGUACCAUCUUAUCAGUUAAUAACCAAAUUAUAAAUUCAUAAGUGGCAUUUGAUGCUUAAAUGUCUGAUUAAACGUUUGAGAUAACAAUAGAGCUGCUGUAGCAUAUAAAAGUGAAGUAUUACUGAAUCACUAACUGUCUUCUGUAGUUACAAACAGCUUCAGGAUGAGUGCAAUACCUCCUAUCAAACCACCACGUGGCAUUAAACCAACUAAAGAAACGAGUGGUCUAUUGAUCUCUGUAAUUCGUGCUCUAUCAGCAAGUGAAACAAAUGAGCAACGUGAAAUUGAGAAGGCAAAACUAGAAAAAGAGUAUAAGCGAAGUGAUCAACGUUUGGACGAAUUAGUCUCUUUGCAUGAUCAGGAUCUUACGGAAGUUAUGCAAAUAUUCAGCGCAUUGUCUGAGAAAGUGACAUCAUCACGAGAGAAGAUUCACGCGGUAAAGGAAAAUUUGAAUGCCUGCAAACAAUUGCUGAGAUGUAAACGAGAAGAAUUACUCAACUUGUGGUUGGAAGGAAUAGAACAUAAACAAGUCCUGCACCUUUUGAAAGAUGUAUCUGCGGACUCAUGUGCACGUAUGGUACCUUUAGCAGAGCCUGAAUCAUUAGCAUCAUCCAACACAUCGCAUGGUCCUUCGGUAGAUCAAUAAACAUUUUACAUGAUAUAUCAAUAUAGGAGUGUUACUUAAUCUAAAGUUAUAAAUUUAUUUCAUAAUUAAUUUAGUUUUAUUUAUUUCAUAGUUUAUUUAGUUUAUGGCUGCGUUCACUUUCACCGGAUACUUAUGCGCUGUAAUCGUCAUUCUAUCUUCCUUCCAUGAAGUAAUGAAUUAUAGAAUGACGCUUACAAUGCGUAAGCAUUUAAAGCAAACACAGUCUAUGUAAUAAGGACAGGGUGGGAAUAAGAAUUUCCAGAAUUAAUUAAAUAGUCUAAGUUAGAUUAUACAAUAUUUUGAAGUUAUGUAAAUAAAAGCCAUGUAUAUGUUUCUAGUUC